UAGGCAAAUUCCAGGAUAGUACCUUGAAACAGACAUAACCGCUUCCUUCCAUAUCCUUACAGAUUUAUCAUUCCAUAGGAAGCACUACUUCCUCUGAAGGAAUAAUCGUACUUGGAUCAUUAAUUCAGACGUCCUGUAGUGUAAUUCCAAAACGAGUAUAAGACAAGACAGUCAUCUUGGUCUUUGGAACGAAACAAGACUUCAAAAAUUGGUAAUGUAUUUGACUACGUAGUAACUUGAGCACGCAUGAAGCGCAUGAACAUGAGCAGCACCAGCUAUGUAGAAAUCUAGAAAGAAGAAUCCUCAUCACUCUCAUUCGAGCUGUAGUAACGACUGGUUGGUUGUAUUCUCAGUAUACAUUGGCAAAAGAAUGGCAGAUAAUCCUCAGGAUACAGAAAAUCAGUAUGGAGGAUGUAUGGGACCUGGAGCUAUGUACGUGACAAUUACUUCAGCUGAUGGCCAUGAAUUUAUUAUAAAACGUAAAUAUGCCGAGGCAUCAGAAACAUUCGAAGCCAUGAUUGGUGGUCCUUCUGAAACUCCUGAGAAUGAACCCUUGCGUGUAGACAUGAAACGUUAUCAGUCGCAUGUGUUGCAAACGGUGUGCACGUACUUGAUAUACAAAGUGUACUACACAAAUAGUACUACUGAGAUUCCGCUAUUUCCCAUUGCUUCAGAAAUGUCUCUAGAACUUGUGGACGUAGCGAACUACUUAAAUUGUUAAUUUAUUGCUGGAUAAUCAAAUGUUACUUAACCUUCUUAUGUGCAGCGCAUGUUCUAGCAUCUACAUUCUUGGAAUAUCCCCGUGUGCCUUACAUGUGCAUUAAAUGAUAAAUUUGAAAGAUUUGCACGAAUAAUCAGAAUUUCCCUAAUUGAGCAUGAGUAAUUGUUUUGACAUUUUGAAAUGUAUCCUUGAUAUUUGUUUUAAUUUGUGUGGUGUUAGUGAUACAUUCCUCAUUUGGAUGAUUGGAUAUAUCCAUUAUUGAUGAAUGACAUUGUGUUGAUUUAAUUCUUGAAUAAAUUUAUAUACGGAAGUCAUGCUAUUAA